UAUUUUUUUCUCUUAUCACUUCAUUUGUUACCAACUUUCCAAUCACUCUUCUCAUUCUCAUUUCUCAUUCAGCUAUGUUACAAACUUUCACUUGUUGCUUUACCUUUCUUCAUAAAACCAAAUCUCCCUCCAACCAACCAAAAAGAUCACCCAACAUCAAACUUUGUUCCAUUUCCGACAUAUCAAUCUCUUCUUUCAUUCAAAACGAAGAAUCUGGCCAAUUUCGACAAAUUUUCAAGCUUAUCGACACCAACAAUGACGGAAAGAUUUCAACCACAGAGCUCAGUGAAGUGCUUUCAUGUCUAGGAUACAACAAAUGCACAGCUUCUAAAGAAGCUGAGAGCAUGAUAAGAGUUUUGGACUUCAAUGGAGAUGGAUUUGUAGAUAUUGAUGAGUUCAUGUUUGUCAUGAAAGAAGAUGGAAACUUUGGCAAAGGAAAAGAACAUGAUCAUGAUGAGUACUUAAUGGAUGCUUUUCUUGUGUUUGAUAUUGAUAAGAAUGGAUUAAUCUCACCUAAGGAAUUGAGGAGAGUUUUGGUUAAUCUUGGUUGUGAAAAUUGUAGUUUAAGGGAUUGUAAGCGUAUGAUUAAAGGGGUUGAUAAGAAUGGAGAUGGGUUUGUAGAUUUUGAAGAAUUUCGAUCUAUGAUGAAAAUAGGACUUAAAUUUAAUUAGAACUUCAAAAUGGGGUUUUCAUGUUUUUUAAUUUGUACAUUUUUUCCUCCUUUUUUUUAUGUUUACUUCACUCAUGUGUAAUGUGUUCCUUGUACUUCAAAUGAGAGUCAAAUUUCCUUU